AUGUUUGGAGGUUAAUUUACAGUUAAGAUUUUAAAGGGUGGAAGGAUGUUGGUUUUUGGGUGAGGGAGGGCUAUGCAGUUCAGCUCUGAUGAUUGGACACACCCACCUAGACAUGUUCUGUCUCCCUGUUUCCCUGACGUUGCUUCGGUUGAACUGUUCUCAGACAUGCAUGUCUCUUUAUACACGAAAACAAGGGGAUAAGAGAGAAACACCUGGCUUAAAUCUGGUUUUCUUGCUGCUGUUGCACUGAUGCAAGAUUAGAGGUCACAUGACUGAAUUAUGCAGCCGCCGUGAUCAACAGAUGACUUACACAUUGUUUAAGCAAGAUGUCGUCUGCCACUGAAAAUGGAGUUGGAGUGUCAGGGAAACAAAAUGGAGAGAAAACCUACAAAAAGACAACAUCCACUGCGUUGAAGGGAGCUAUCCAGCUGGGAAUAGGGUACGCCGUAGGGAAUCUUACUUCUAAGCCGGACAGAGAUGUGCUUAUGCAGGAUUUCUAUGUAGUAGAAACUGUGUUUUUACCAAGCGAAGGCAGCAACUUGACCCCGGCACAUCACUACCCAGAUUUCCGGUUCAAGAACUACGCUCCCUUAGCAUUCCGCUACUUUAGAGAACUCUUUGGGAUCAAGCCAGAUGAUUACUUGUACUCCAUAUGUAAUGAACCGUUAAUAGAGCUGUCCAAUCCAGGAGCCAGUAGUUCCCUGUUUUAUCUAACCAGUGAUGAUGAGUUCAUUAUCAAGACUGUACAGCACAAAGAAGCUGAAUUUCUUCAGAAGCUGUUGCCUGGUUAUUACAUGAACUUAAAUCAGAAUCCGAGGACACUUUUGCCAAAGUUUUAUGGGCUUUAUUGUGUGCAGUCUGGGGGUAUAAACAUUCGAAUUGUUGUCAUGAACAAUGUGCUUCCCCGCUCUGUGAAAAUGCACUACAAGUACGAUUUGAAAGGUUCAACCUACAAGCGCAGAGCGUCACGCAAGGAGAGGGAAAAGUCCUUCCCCACCUAUAAGGAUCUGGAUUUUUUACAAGACAUGCACGAAGGCUUGUAUUUUGAAGCCGAAACCUAUAAUGCCUUAAUGAAGACAGUACAGAGGGAUUGCAGGGUCCUGGAAAGUUUUAAAAUCAUGGACUACAGCCUGUUAUUGGGGGUUCAUAUAUUGGACCCGAGUCCCAAGGAGAGAGAUGGGGAGAAUGCGCAGGUGGCAGUGGAUGGGAAGCGGCAUGGGGCCCAGAGGGUCCUGUACUCCACAGCCAUGGAGUCCAUCCAGGGGGAAGGCAAGUCAGCAGAGGCCGUUACCACAGACGACACAAUGGGUGGUAUUCCAGCCAAAACUCACAAGGAUGAAAAACUGCUUAUAUUUCUGGGCAUUAUCGAUAUCCUACAGUCCUACAGAUUGAUUAAGAAGUUGGAGCACUCCUGGAAGGCUCUUGUCUAUGAUGGUGAUUCAGUGUCGGUGCAUAGGCCCAGUUUCUAUGCAGACAGAUUUUUAAAGUUUAUGAGCACCCGGGUUUUCAAGAAGAUACACACUUUCAGAUGCUCUCCUUCCAAGAAAGCCCGCAACUCUAUCCCAGCUCUGAAGUCCUCUUCACACGAGAUAAUAUCCCCCCAGAGCGAGGAGCAAACCGACGAGAAGAAGGACUGUCUCAGUGGCUCGAAGAGCCUCGUCAGCCUGGAUGGACAAGUAUUUGGGUCUUUCUCUCGGCCGGAUCUGGUGCCAAACCCUCAGUCCCUUUUUGAAGCUUCCUCCUUGGUCACCACAAUCUCCUCCUCUUCCUCACUGUAUGCAAAUGAAUGCUAUGCGAUGGACAACACUGGGGUCCCUGGAUACAGGGAUACGAUGGCCUCAGGCUCUACCUUUACUUUAGAGGACAGUGCCAUCUGCCUGAUGUCGGAGCAAAGCACCAUGGAAAUGGACAGAGAUGAUGGCUCAGUGUUUGAUGUCUAUUUAUAAACUGUCAGAGAGUGUGUGCCUGAUGAAGACGAGCACUUUCUACACUCCAGAACACUCGAAGCACAGGAACAGAUUCUACUUCAAACACUCAGACUGAAUUUAAAACUCUUCCGCAGACAUUGCUCAGGCUCAUAGAACCCUGUGUCCUAUUUCAACAGCUUUCCAGACUCUGCUGGAUAUUCAUACAGUAGCUGCUAUAUAUGUACAUGAAUUAUUGUCAGUUCAUAGUGGAUUUUUGAAAAAAAAAUCAAAUCCAUGUGAUGUAAAUCAUUGUAAGCUUCUCAAUCAAGGGUGAAUAUAGUUGUUAUUAUUUAUAUAUAGUUUUUUCUUUUUCUUUUUUUACCCCUAUGUAAGCAUGCCAAAUCAGUCUCUGGAAUAAUGCACUUGCUGAUAGAAUUGUGCUUUUAAUAAUGAAGUUUACCUGUUUGUAUGCAAGUGGCACUGUUUUGAUUGUAAAGCUGCACUGUAUUGUUCUUAACUAAAACAGCUAUUUGUACACUGAAUACAAAACAGCCAUUAUAUUUAUAUUUUGACCAACUGUUUUAAUAUGAUGUAAGCGCAUCCUUGCAUUCUGAAGGGACUGCCAAAGCAGCAUUUUGUACUGGACCCUAGUUCCAAUAGGUUGUCUAUCCAAGAUCAGGAAUGAUGAUUGGAUGAGAUCAUUGAAAUGUCAGUCCCCUGAUUUUGAUUGUGAAAUUGACAGGUACUGGCUGAAAUGGCAUUUCAAGCUCAAGCCUUCGUAAACGUAGAUCAGUCUAGGCACUAAUAGAUGAUGAGGGGGAAUCAGAAAUGACAAAAUACACUCAACCAUGAAAAUUCAUACAGAUUGCUCAUUUGUGCUAUGUAGAUAAUAGAUAUCUAGACAAAUAGUUAACACAGAGAAAGGUAGCUAGGCAGAUUUAAAGAAUUAUUUAUACAUGGACUAUAUAUAUAUAUAUAUAUUAUAUAUAUAUAUAUAUAUAUAUAUAUAUAUAUAUAUAUAUGUGUGUGUAGUGGUGCAGAAGGAAUCUCUUUGUUAAGAAAUCUGUUAAAGACAGAUAUUUUCUGUCACAUCUUGGAAUCAUUUUUCUCAGGAUAUCUUCUUCUUUUUGAAUUUCUCUUGUACAGCAUGUUGCCUAGGCCAAGCAUCCAAGCAUUUUUAACACUGCAGCUGCUUAGUGGAGCCUUUCGGCCUAUGUCAAAGUGUCUUUAAAUCUCAUAAUCACAGCUAUGUUGUUCUGAGAAAACGAGAUGUGUAAUGUAUUUAAGAAAUAACUAUCUUAUUAUAUAGUUUGCUGAAGAUGAAAAUAUUUUAUUCUCAAAAUGUAAAAAUAUUGUAUUUUAGAAAAAUGAAAGUGCUGUGUGUAAAAUUAAAAGUCUUUAAGCAGAAUAAGAUGGGUGUUUAUG